GUUAAAAUUACUUUGAAAAUGGACGAAUCAUAUUUAGAUAUAACCGAAGGGUAUGUCGAUGAUUGUAAAAUUAUACAAAUGCAAUAUCACUCUUUUCUGCCGUAUUCGAGCACUGCUCUAUCAAAAAACGAUGAAAUUAGAAUAUUAAUUCAAAACAUGGACGCAUACACGUUACCGUGCGAGAGUUAUAUUUACGUUGAAGGAAAAGUAAAUAAACCGGCAGACGUGGGUCAAGGCAUCGGCGAUUUUAAAUUUACCAACAACGGAUUAGCGUUUCUAUUUUCUGAACUACGUUAUGAAUUGAACGGUGUAGAAAUACAAAAAUUAAAAUAUCCCGGAAUAUCGUCGUGUUUGAAGGGCUAUUGUUCUCAUACACCUAACGACUUGAAUGAACUUCAGAACAGUGCUUGGGAUAUACAUAUGACCGAUGAUGAUAAUAAAGAUUUCAUGACGGAAUAUACAUUUUCUGGAUGCAUCCCGCUGAAAUAUUUAUUCGGGUUUUGUGAAGAUUAUAAGAAAAUAUUACUCAACUGCAAUCAACAAUUGAUUUUAAAUCGAUCAUCUACAGAUUUCGAUGCGUUGUACGUUACGGGUACCGCGGUAAAAGAAAACAUUGAAAAAAAUAAGAAAGUAACUAUCGAUCUUCAAAAAGUUAUUUGGAAAAUGCCUAUUGUCAGGGUGACUGACAGAGAAAAAUUAAAACUAUUGAAAGUAAUAGAUUCUCGGAAGACGUUGUCGUGUGCAUUCAGAAGUUGGGAUUUAUGCGAGUAUCCAGUCCUACCGCAAAAUAAUUCUCAUUCGUGGACUGUUAAAUCUAGUAAUUUACUUGAAAAACCUAGAUUUGCAAUCAUAGGCUUUCAAACAGAUCGAAAAAAUAACUUAACCAAUCAAUCCAGUCGAUUUGAUAGUUGUAACCUGAAAAAUCUUAAAGUUCAUUUAAACUCUGAGGUUUAUCCGUAUGAAGAUUUCCGUGCAGACUUUACGAAUAAAUUCACAGCUCUAUUGUAUAAAGCGUAUACUGAUUUCCAAAAAUCGUACUAUGAUAGAGACAAUUCUUUACCAAUACUUUCGAAAAAGGAUUUUCAAGACUUUGUACCUAUAGUCGUUGUAGAUUUAUCACGUCAAAAUGAUAAUGUCAAAUCGUCUACAGUUGACUUACGUAUAGAGUUCGAGACCACCGCAGACGUACCAGCCAAGACUGCAGCUUAUUGUCUAAUAUUGCACGAUCAAGUUAUAACUUACAAUCCAUUUAGUGGAGAUGUUAGAAAAUUGUAAAAAAACAUUUAUAUAUAAUAUACUUUUUAAAUAAAUAAUACCUUUGGCUUGGUUGAUUUCAUACGCGACAUAAAAGACCCAUCGAUUUCUUCGGCAUCACUGAAUACGUAAUCGGGUGACGGUGGCGGAGAUAAUGUCAU